AUGGACGCUGAAAGUGAUGGUGACUUCACCGGUGAGGACAGCGAUGUGAUUGCGGAGAAAUCCAAUGUGAAAACGAUGGAUGUGCAAAACACUGCGGUUGUAGUGGAUGACAUCAAAAAAAGAGUGAAAGCUUCGAAAGAAAGAAGGUACACUUCCAGAUACGGCGAUUUCGAAGCUGUGAAAGGCGUGACGUUCCAUGUAAAAACCGGUCAAUGUUUCGGAUUGUUAGGAGUGAAUGGAGCCGGUAAGACGAGCACAUUCCAAAUGCUCACUGGAGAAAACGAAAUCACAGAAGGAGAUGCGUUUGUGAACGGAUGGAGCGUAAAAUCUAACUGGAAGAAGGCCGGUGCUAAUAUAGGCUAUUGCCCACAGUUUGAUGCUGUGCUCAAAGAAAUGACUGGAGAAGAGACGCUGUACAUGUUUGCACGAAUUCGUGGGAUUCCGAAGAAGGAAAUUCCGGAAAAGGUCAAAGCAGUCAUUCAUACCAUCGGUAUCGGUCUGUAUGCCAAGCGACAAAUAAAGGGCUAUAGGUACGUCUUACCAACUUUACGAGCCAAUCGGAGCUCCACGACAAACUUCAAAAACCAUGUCGCUGACGUAGGGAAAAGAAAAAAAUCACUUGAGAAGAAACUAAAUUGCCACGUUACAAUGGGGUGGGGGUCCUGA